UCAUUUUCAAUUCGUUAGUGAUGUUAAUUGGUAUCACUUGAAUAUCAUAAGAGGUGUUCACUAAUUAAAGGGUGUUAAGGAUAAAGUGUUUAGAUUUUUUUUCUUCUUCUUACACUUGUACUUUCUUGUCUUUCUAUUGUCACUUGUUUACCUGGUCAAGGCAAGAAUAAACUCCUCAUAUUCUGAACACUUUAUCCUUAACAUCCUUUAGAAGGAAAAAGUUUGAAAAUGAAUAUCUCGAUAGCCCGAAUUGAUAAUUUUAUGAUUUACAGUUUAUUAUAUUCCCUUAAGACCCUAAAUAGAUCGACUUUAUCCAUUGAGCAUUUUUCUGUCCUUCCGUCGAUUAAUGGCCGCUCGAAGUGAGAGCCGCCGAAAUUUAAUUUUCUGCUCAAUUUUAGAGUUUAAACCAAAAAAAUUGUCCUUUUCUUUAGCCAGAUUGUGAUUUUUUUUUGAAAAAUCGACUCUCUCAUCUCUAAAUGGCCAUGAUAUUUGGUUUUUCGGUGAAAAAAAUUAAUUAUUUUGUUGAAUUUAGCUAAAUUGAAUUAAAAAGUUUAGAGAGUUUUCGUGCAUUAAAAUCAAUGCAGUAAAAUUCAUAUUUAGACAUCGCUCACUCUAAUAAAAAUUUUGGAAACUAAUCAUAAUCUGACCAGAACUUAAUUAAUAUCAUUGAACAGAUCAGUUAAUCACCAUUAAUUUAAGCUAUUUUGCAAGUCCCUGAGUCCAGAAUUUUUGGCGCUACGAUCGUUCAAACUUUUUCCUUUUAAUUAGUGAACACCUCUUAAUUAGAUUUUAAUCUACCUGGUAAAUUGUCAUGUUUUCUCAGUUGCAUUUUACAAUUUCACUUUGUAGAGUAAUAUUUUUUACUACUGGUACUAUUGUACCAGUUUAAAUUAAGUUAAGUUCAUUUGUGAUUGUGAGAAGUUCAAACAAUUUAUCGCUAAUUAUGAUUGAAAUGAUCAGAUAUGUUUUCCAUGAUUUCUGGGAAACUGUUGGCUCUUCAAACUUGAGUUGGUUUCCAACAUUAAAAGGUGGACCCUGGGCGAUUCUGUGUAUUAUUGGUUGUUAUUUGUACUUUGUGACCAAUUUGGGACCUCGAUUGAUGAAAAAUCGUGAACCAUUUGAGUUGCGGUCAAUACUUUUGGUCCACAAUAUAAUAAAGAUUAUUUUAUAUUCUAUCGUACUCAUAUUAGGUUCAUGGUGUAUUGAUGGAGGCUCGAAAGCUACCAAAUGUGAACUAUUCAAUUUCGAUGGUGAUGAUUUGAAAACUCGUAUAACUAUUUCAAUAGGACUGGAAUAUUAUCUCCUUAAAUAUUUUGACCUAAUGGACACAAUUUACUUUGUCCUGAAAAAGAAAACCUCUCAAGUGACCUCUGCCCAUCUUAUCCACCACAGUCUCAUGCCUUUACUUUUCUACGUGGCUUAUAAGUUCUGCCCAAGUCUCCAUUUGGGUUUAAUUCCAAUAGUCAAUUCUUUCAUCCAUUUUCUAACAGCAACUUAUCACAUAAUUUGCACUAUUGAUCCCUCGCGGAAACAUAUUUACCGUAAUUGGGCUCGUUACCUUUUCCAUCUUCAAAUGAUACAGUUUGUUUUCUUCAUCAUCAUUUUCUUGAACAUGGUUUAUCUCAUGGAAGAUUGUCCCUGUAGUACUUUACUGGCCAGUUUCUCAAUCUGUGUGACCACAAUUUUCCUUGUCUUAAAUGUGGUCAGUUGGUUGAAAAUUGGUUCGCUCAUUUGUGUACCGAAUAUGCAUAUUGAUUCACAGAAAGAAAUUAAUAAAUCAAAAGUAAAUUAAACAUCAUUUGAUACAAUUGAUGCCUUUUUAAUGAAUUGAUAAUAAUUUCAGCUUUUUGUCGGAAACGGAAAUGAUGAGGUACCAAUAAAAAGUACAACUCGUUUUGUUUGCACAGUUGUUGGAAAAUUUCCAAUGGAAAUCAGUCAAUCAGUUGAGAAAAAUUCCAAAUUGUGUUAUUUAGCCUUCGCAAUAGUUUCUACCAAGAGGAGGCGCUACAGUCGAACAGUUGAUUUACAUGUUGAUUUAAUUUUCCAUUAGAAUUUUUAUCAAUUGUUUUGGUUUAAUUGUUACUCUUUUUUAAUGGAUAUUUACAAUCGUGUUAAUUAUUUACAAGCAAUAGCUCAAGAAUUGAGUAAAAAGGAAGACAUUGACCAGUUAAGAUUGGCCUCAUUUAUGGGUUACACUUGUAAAGAGAUUUGUUUGAAAAAUCAAGUGGCUACUUUUGGUUGGGAUCCAAUUAAAAGGCAAUCAUGUAAAUUGUGUUUCUCUUCAUUAAUUGUUAACUCGGAUGGUUAUGAUCCUGUGCAAUUGUCAUUGAUUAAAUCUUUCCUGGUAAUAAAGUGUAAACAAUGUGGCUACCGGCGGAAAAUUAAGGUUUCAAAGGAGAGAAGAAAUUACUAUGAGAAGCUUAUUUUCGGUGAUGGAAAAUCAACUGAACUAAUUGUUCCCUCUAAAUCUACAUUGGAAG